AUGAAAAAGACUUUGAGAUACAAUGUAUGUGUUGUUUAUUUCAAUUCAAAGUGGAGGAAGGAUAUAAGGCGAAGACAUACCUAUAUUAAAUGUGGUUUUGAUCAUUUUGUUGGAAAUGUUGAAUUGCAAAGAGUUGAUAAAGCUUGUUCUGCCUUUUAUGAAGUGGCUUCUAGGGUGAUAAAUACUGAGCAUGAUUUUUUAAAAAUGAUGAAUUUCAUCAAGGACAUAAAAGAUGAGUUUACCUUUAAAGAAACAUCCUCGAGCAUUGCAGAAGAUGGUUCAGAUCAAAAUCAAGUGACUAAAAUUCUUGACCCUGUAAAGACUCGAUGUAAAGGCCGUCCUCCUUCGAAUAGGAAGUCUUCUAAAGCUGAUCAAAUUGUGAAGAAACUUGCAAAAAAGAGGACAAAAAAAAACAGCCAAAAAAGUGCAAAUAUUCAUGCUCAAAAAGAGAAGGACAUGUGUGCAUCUAGAGUACAAGAGAGUGUUCAAGUAAUUGAUAGAGUUGGCACACAAAAGAGCAUUCAAGGUGAACAAAGUAGUUUUGGGAGGAAUGAACAAGGCGGUGUAAAUAAAUUAGCUCCCUUCAAUCCAAACUCAAUACUUAUAAAGGAAGUAAAUCAGGUUCCAUUUUAUUCUCAAGUCAUGAAUCAUGGUGGUUCUUAUUUUGAAUUGUUGCAGGCUCAACACCAUGUGAAUGAUCCGUCAUUGUCAAAUAAUCAUACACACAUGAAGUGA